CUGAAUUCAGUCGUUCACGCCAAACGUUCACACAUUCACACUGCUCUUUGCUUUCUUCUUCCACGCCACAACAAACACCAAGACAGAGCAGCCAAGAUGGCCAAGCACCACCCCGACCUCAUCAUGUGCAGGAAGCAGCCAGGCGUCGCCAUUGGCCGCCUCUGCGAGAAAUGCGAUGGCAAGUGCGUCAUCUGCGAUUCCUAUGUCCGUCCCUGCACCCUCGUUCGCAUCUGUGACGAGUGCAACUACGGCACAUACCAAGGUCGCUGUGUGAUCUGCGGUGGCCCCGGCGUCUCCGAUGCGUACUACUGCAAAGAAUGCACAAUCGAGGAGAAAGACAGAGACGGGUGUCCGAAGAUUGUGAAUAUUGGCGCGUCAAAGACCGAUCUGUUCUACGAACGGAAGAAGUACGGCUUCAAACCGCGCUAACGCACGCUGUAGCAGCUCUGUGUGUGUCUGUGUGUCUGUCUGUGUCUGUCUGUGUAUCCUGUCUGUUGAGCGUACAAUCUUGUGCUGGGGGUCUUGUAUAAUGGAUUGGAUUGAUUGAGGAAUUGUGGCUCGUCUUUUACGCGUUCAUUACACAGAAAAAAAAAGAGGCCCU